GGUUAAGUCUCAUGAGAAAAUCAGACGUUCGCUAGACCUGAGAGAGGUUGGCAGAAGAUAGAGAGGACCUUAGAGAGACAGAAGGAAACGUCAGGGCAGAACAGGAGGAGCAACUAUGAGAAUGUUAUAUUCUCCUGCUGUACUGCUGCUGUGUGCUGUGUGUAGCGUGUCCGUCGUCCAGGCUGACGUGAGGACCGUCAAGCUGUGUGGCCGAGAGUUCAUCCGUGCGGUCGUCUACACGUGUGGAGGCUCCAGGUGGAGGAGGUUCAGUCCGAAGGAUAUGGAAGGGUUUUUUAAUGGAGAUCUCAGCAGCUCUGAGGAUGUUAGUGAGAGUCUGGGAUCGGACCUGAUCAGGCGAGAGCUGGAUGUGGAUAAUGUUUGUUGUCAGUUUGGCUGCAAGAAAAGCGACCUCACGUUUCUCUGCUGAGGACUGAACUUGCGUUUUCUAUUUGUCUCCCUGUUUUGUUUUCUUCCUUGUUGAGUUCAGAUGAACAUGAACGCUUCUCUAUAAAGUGUACAGUCGGUAGGAAUUCAUAACAACUUAAUUUGCCAAUAGAUUAUGCCUGCUGUCUUAGAUCAUAGCCUACUGCUACA